CAUGGACAUCGUUGGCUUUCUGAAGUCUCAAUUCAUUUGCCACCUUCUGAUCUGCUACAUAUUUAUUGUGUCAGGACUGAUCAUUAACUUCAUUCAACUCUUUACGCUUAUACUUUGGCCAAUCAACAAGCAACUGUUCAGGAGGAUCAACUGCAGGCUGGCUUACUGCAUUUCAAGCCAGAUGGUGAUGUUGCUGGAAUGGUGGUCAGGCACCGAUUGCACCCUCUACACUGACCCAGAGAAUUACCACAAGUAUGGGAAGGAGAGUGCCAUUGUAAUCCUUAAUCACAACUUUGAAAUCGACUUUCUCUGUGGUUGGGACUUUUGCGAAAGAUUCGGGGUCUUGGGGAGUUCCAAAGUGCUUGCAAAGAAGGAGCUCUCCUACAUGCCUAUCAUUGGUUGGAUGUGGUAUUUCCUAGAGAUAGUCUUCUGUAAGCGUAAGUGGGAGGAAGAUCGGAAAACAGUCAUGCAGAAGUUACUGAAUCUCCGGGACUACCCUGAAAACUUUUGGUUCCUGAUUCACUGCGAGGGCACAAGGUUCACAGAACAGAAGCACCAGAUUAGCAUGCAGGUAGCCGAAGCCAAAGGCCUGCCCAAGCUCAAGUAUCACCUACUGCCACGCACGAAAGGAUUUGCUGUCACCGUUCAGUGUUUGAGAAAUGUAGUUUCUGCAGUCUAUGAUUCUACCCUCAAUUUUAGAAAUAAUGAGAAUCCAACAUUGCUGGGAGUUCUGAGUGGGAAGAAAUAUCAUGCAGAUUUAUAUGUAAGACGGAUUCCACUAGAGGAAGUCCCAGAAGAUGAGCAGGAAUGCUCUAACUGGCUCCACAAACUGUAUCAAGAAAAGGAUGCAUUCCAGGAAGAAUACUACCAAACAGGAACCUACCCAGCAGUUCCUACGGUACCACCCCGACGACCAUGGACGCUUUUAAACUGGCUUUUCUGGGCCUUAUUGCUGCUAUAUCCUUUAUUCAAGCUGCUCAUCAACAUGAUCAACAGUGGAUCAUCACUGACACUGGCUAGUUUUGCAUUUGUCAUUGUAAUAGCUUCUGUUGGUGUCAGAUGGAUGAUAGGCAUGACAGAAAUUGACAAGGGCUCCACCUAUGGCAACAAUGACAACAAACAGAAACAAAAGUAGUGUCUAUAGAGACUGCUUCAAUCCAAAGGCAACAAAUGCAACUUCUGAAAACUCUUAAGUGCAUAUCAUGGUCCUUCAGGUGAGAUCAGAGGACGGGUAGGAAGCGCAAUGGCCACGCAUCUCUGAAUCUGUGCCCUGCUGUUCUUCUCUGGGGAUUUGGGCUGGAUGACAUGCUUGAAAGAUGUGCUCCUUCAUAUACUCUCCACAACAGGUUUGCAUUUGGUUGGUUGGUUUGUUUUCCUAUGAAGUGUCUUAAG